AUGGAAAAGCAGGAAGAGUCUCCUAGUCAGGCAGCCGGUAUCCUCUUUCCUGCUAGUCAGCGAAGCACUAUAGAUGAUACAUCCAGCCACAGUAAUCAGGAGCUGGCAUCGGCAGCCGUGGUGAAUGCGCUUCGGUUUCCCUCCACAUCAUCUUUAUUUCCGAGUGAAUUGUUGCGAACACUCGGCGUUUCACACCCAUACUCACCCAAUGCAGAAGAAGGACUCUCACCUCCAGUGAAUCUUCUUGAAUGGCUUGGCACGCGGGUAUUGGCACGGGUCUCCAGUGGUGGUUACCAACCGGGUUCUAUCAAGAAUGUUCACGAUAACAAAGACGUAGUGGUGCAGUUUGAUGAUGGACAGGAGCUAAGAUUUGACGAUGUGAUGAAUGAAACGAAUUCAAAUCUCAUUAUCGCAGAUCAAGCUCCAAGUCCUUCAAUGGUCCGAGUUACGUCUUCCGAAUGUGACUCGAGUGUAUCCAGAGCGAAUCUGCGCCUGCUUCGGCCACCAUGGUACGAAGAACUAAUGGCAACACUUGAGUCGCGACAUAGCGAUGCUAGGUCGAGUUCAACGACUACUCCACAAUCAGUGUUGGCCUCACCACUUACAGCCCCUUCCACCAAUGGUAUAAUGCCAAAUAUACCUCUAUCUCCAGAAAGCAUCAUUACCUUUCUUGCUCUUCGACAACAACAUGUACAACAGCAACUUCAAGCUCAUCAGAACAGCUUUUGCGAGCAAGCAUCUGGGUCGAAGCCACCAAUAGUCGGCUGUAUCGAUUCGGACGAUGACCAAGGAACAUCGCAACAGCACGAUUCCAUUGCUGGGUCUGAACUAACAGGAUUUCGAAAGCGUCAUGCUGCCUUUCCUCCACGACUCUUCGUGCCCCCUCAUGAAGCAGUGACGUUCGACGAUGAUCCAUCGACUAGCGCCCAAACAGCACACAUUUUUACGCCGAUGAAUACCACACAACGUUAUAAAAAAGGCGAAAUCGUCACCAAUCCAGGCGGUAUUCGGAAGAAAUUUAACGGAAAACAAUGGCGCCGACUAUGUUCUAAGGACGGCUGUAAUAAGUGUGAUGCAAAAGAUGCUCAUUUGAAUCUUACCAUCAUUAAUCAGCAUCACACCGAUCUUGUACAUUUGCGAUGUCCAACAGCAUAUCAGAGCCAAUCAUUAGGUUCGCUGCCUCCUGAUACCUCAAUGCCGAGCUCUAGCUCGACGCGCUAUUCGACGGAAACACCACAAACCCUAUUUGGAUCAAAGUUGGUAACUGCACCCACCAUUCCAACUACUCGACCAGCCACUAUCGCUGAUCAAGUAGCUGAGAUGGAUCGAACAUCGCAAGCGCAGACAUUAUUAAAUCUCAGUCAACUGCGUUUUGACUCGUUUCCUCAAGUGCAUCAACUACUGCCGUUGAUGCCAACCGCUGGCUGCCGCAGUGAUUUCACUAUGUUGACCGGAGCAUUUCAGUUCAGCACAGCUCUUCAGCAAAAUUUCGCUGCUCCAUUACUUCAACAACAGCUCCUUCAGCAACAAAUUAGUGCACAACAAACGAGCCUUACCAACAACAGCGUCAAACAGGAGGAGGAGGAGGAAGAAGAAGGCGAUGAAGAUGACAAUGUGAGCGUUUGCCGAAAGAGUGAUGGUUCGGAAGACGGCGCUGAUCGAGACGACGAUUCACAUGGAAAUGGUGGCUCGACGGCUGCUGGAAGGUCAUACAACGGAGCGAACAAUCAAACGCUAAAGAUGUUAAGUGAUGAUUUUUCAGAAGUUGAGGACCAAUAUGACCAGCAAAACGAACAACCGCCGUCGAUCGAGUUCACGAAGGAGAAGAACAACGAAAAACCAAAGUUGGAAAGGAAAAGAGAACAUAUUCGGCGUCCGAUGAAUGCAUUCAUGAUUUUCUCAAAACGACAUCGUCCAAUGGUUCACAAUAAGUAUCCAAAUCGUGAUAACCGCACGGUGUCAAAAAUACUCGGAGAAUGGUGGUAUGCUUUAGGAACUGAUGAGAAGCAACAGUAUCAUAAACUUGCCACACAGGUGAAAGAAGCUCAUUUCAAGGCACAUCCGGAUUGGAAAUGGUGUGCCAAGGAUAAGAAAUCUCGUUCCGAAUUAACACAAAACAAUACGCAAAGACCUGGAAAGGACUCGAUUGCACUGCAGACAUUCAAUUUCGACUUCAAAACGUCAGACGAAAUGGGAAGGACUCCAACAGGAGACGUGGACAACGACGCCAUUACUCAUAUCACACCGGCCCUUCCUCGACCAACACCACUGCGGGGUGACGGUACAGAUAUUGGCUUUGAAUCUCCUCUCAUGAGUCCUGGCCUUGUCGCCCUACCAUCGUUUUUAUCUCCGAACAUCAGCUUUCCGGCAUCACCGCUCGUUGGAUCAUCGUUCGAUCCGACUGUUAUACAACGAAGAGUUAGUGGUCAGGUUGCCGCAAUACGUCCUCCAUCGCGUUUCUUCACUCCACCUACGAUAGGAGCCAUGUCUCCGAUACCAUCUGCUGCCGUGUCGCCCAAUUUAUACAAUAUUUGUGUGCCAUCUCCAAGUGCUGGCUUCCUUCAAGGCAUUUGCUCACCCGUUCUGAACGAAUUCUCAUCACCAAUGGCGAUUCCACAAAGAAUGUCACCAAAAAGUCCCAUGUGGAUAAAGAGUGCUCCAGCGCUUGUAAGUCCGCGAUCGACAGAUUCAACAUUUGUUUUUUCACAGCCAAAAUCUACUAGUGUUUCCGAACAAUCUCUUCCAAAUAUCCAGGAAAAAACCGAAACUGCCUCUACUAUACCCUCAACAACAAUAAGUGCAUGCAGUGCUGUCCAAGAACCUUUUGUGCUUAUGCCAACUCCUGCACAACGUGGCGUGGCCAAAGGACAAAAAAGAAGCUUAGGAACAACCACUUCCGAGGAAAUGGAAUCAGAGUCAAUAACGAACUGCGGUGAGAAUGGAAACAGCGUAAUGAAGAAAUUUUUCAAACGAUCCGAUGAAACAAUGGAUCGUGUGUUGGAUCAAGUGGAUUUCCAAAACAAGUUUGCUAAACUUCCUGAGUUUACCGUUGAUCAGUUGAAGAACGGAUGUGUAGGAAGUUUGCCUUCAACACCAUCAAGGCUUAUACGGAACCUGAGAGACAAGGUCCGUGACUCACCACGCAAUACUCCACUAGUCUCAACGGCCAGUUCGGGUGUCUUUUUCGGUCCAACAUUCAACAACUGCUCUCCGGAACUGAUUUCCAACGACGAUGUGAUACCGUGCACUCCAAUAGAUGAGAAAAGCGCUAGCAAGAGACUUUUGGAGCAGCGACGGUUUCUUGUGUGCCAGUUAUUGGAAACGGCAGGACUGUUUCCAUCAUCACAAGAAACGUCCGCUUUUCAACUGCUUCACAGCAAAGUGUUUCCGAAUAAGCAAAGUUUGGUUCUAAAAAUUCGUGAAGUGCGUCAGAAGAUCAUGAACGCGGUGAAAAGCGUUGAUCCAACAGAACAACCGAUCAAGGAUGAUUGCCAGCGUAGCUCGAUCAACGCGUUCGGUCAAAUGUGUAAUGUGAGCAAGCCGUAA